UCAAGGAACCAGAUUUCUUCAUAGCUCUUUCUGGCGCCUUCGGUUUCUUUCGCGUCUCUCCCGUUAGGGUAUACACCUUUGCGGUUCGUUUGGGCAACGCCCUACCGGCAAGUUUUGAAUUUCGAGAUUGUUCGGUCAGUGAUCGACUGUUAGUUGCAGAAGAUGAAGAUUUUCGUCAAGACUCUUAAAGGCACUCACUUCGAAAUUGAAGUGAAGCCCGAUGACACGGUUACUGAAGUGAAGAAAAAUAUAGAAACUGUUCAGGGUGCAGAUGUCUAUCCCGCUGCACAGCAGAUGCUUAUCCAUCAAGGGAAGGUUCUCAAAGAUAGCACCACCUUGGAGGAAAAUAAAGUAGUUGAAAACAGUUUUGUUGUAAUUAUGCUUUCUAAGAGCAAGAGCUCAUCUAGUGAGGGUUCUACUACUUCAGCUGCACCUUCAACAAAGACCCCAGCAACAAGUGCUGUACCCUCUUCCACUCCUGUUUCAACCACACCUCAAGCUCCUGCUGCAGCGCCUGCUCCUUCUCCUUCUCCUUCUCCUUCUCCUUCUCCUUCUCCUGCACCAGCACCAGCACCAGCACCUACUCCUGCUCCUGUCACUUCAGGCACUGCUGUGCCAGAUUCUGAUAUCUAUGGACAGGCAGCAUCUAACCUUGUAGCUGGAAUCAACUUGGAUGAAACCAUUCAGCAAAUUCUUGAUAUGGGUGGAGGGAGCUGGGAUAGGGAUACUGUAGUUCGUGCUCUACGUGCUGCUUACAAUAAUCCUGAGAGAGCCGUUGAGUAUUUGUACACAGGUAUUCCAGAGCAAGCUGAUGCUCCUCCUGUGGCCCGGGUGCCUUCAAGUCCACAAACUGCAAAUCCUCCAGCACCAGCUUCACAAGCUGCACAGCCAGCACCUGCUUCUACAAAUGGACCUAACGCUAAUCCCCUAGACCUUUUUCCUCAGGGCCUCCCCAACGUUGGUUCCGGUGCUGCUGGUGCUGGCACUCUUGAUUUUCUGCGCAAUAGUCAGCAGUUCCAAGCCUUGCGAGCUAUGGUGCAGGCAAAUCCACAAAUACUCCAGCCUAUGCUUCAAGAGCUUGGGAAGCAAAAUCCUCAUCUUAUGAGAUUGAUUCAAGAGCACCAGGCUGACUUCCUUCGCCUGAUAAAUGAACCUGUAGAAGGUGGUGAGGGGAACAUAUUAGGGCAGCUGGCUGCUGCCAUGCCACAACAAAUAGCUGUCACUCCUGAGGAGCGACAAGCAAUUGAAAGACUUGAAGCAAUGGGUUUUGAUCGUGCACUCGUGUUGGAAGUAUAUUUUGCUUGCAACAAAAAUGAGGAACUGGCUGCCAACUAUCUUCUAGAUCACAUGCAUGAGUUUGAGGAAUGAUUGGUUGUUAUUUCCAGUUGCCCCUCAUUUCUUUCUGUUUUUUCCCCUUCAUGGGUCUCCGUUGAUAAAUGUUACAUGUCUGGAGUGGACAAGGGACUUUUUUCUUUCUUCUUCUUCUUCUUCUUCUUCUUGUUAUCUCCUUAGCAUUAUAGCACUUGUAUUCCCCAUUUCCUACCAUUCUAGGAUUGUUCAUGACAUUAAUAUAAAUGGAUGCUUGCCCUA